AUGCAGAAAGAGGUUAAGGUCCAAUCUGUGAAUUGGAGUUCGGCAGUUAUUUGCAUGGUGCUAGGGGCAAAUCCUCCUAUGGCUGUUUUCGAAGGAUUCAUUAAAAGAGUCUGGGGUCAUUUAGGGAUAGCUCAGAUUUCUAGAAUGACGAUGAGAUUAACCAUGGUCAAAUUCAAUGAUGAAGCUACUAGGGAUCAAGUUCUUGAAGAUGGUAUCCUUCAUUUUGAUCGGAAACCUGUUAUCAUUAGGCCUUGGUCUGCGGAUCUUAGCGCCAUUUGCCUUGUUCGUUCAGUUCUGCUCUGGAUUCGCUUGCCUGACUUAGGUUUGCAGUAUUGGGGUAGCAAAUGUCUUAGUGCUCUUGUGAGCACGCUUGGUAAACCGAUAAUGGUUGAUAAAUUUACUAGGGAUCGUUCAAGAAUUCAGUUUGCUAGUGUACUUGUGGAGAUGGAAGUAACUGAUAAUCCCCCUAGAAAUAUUCAAUUUCUGAAUGAAUUUGGUCAGAUAAUGGAACAAGAAGUGGAAUAUGAAUGGCUUCCUAUUAAAUGUAAAGCUUGCUCUGGUUUUGGUCAUGCUGAGAUGGAAUGUCGAAAAGAGUUGAAAGCAAAAUGGGUAAAAAAAGAACUACAUCUAAAGAGGAGGUGA